AGAGUAACCGCGUAGGUGCUGCUGGCCGAGGGGGUGCGCCGGCGUGGUUCGGAAGCUGCACCCCGCUCUCCAUCGCAGGGGAUCCCAGCACAUCAGAGCACCGGAGGGAGGAGGCGCCUGAGGACCCGCCCCGGCCCGGUCCACGUUCUCCCCAGGAAGCUGGACUCUAUGGGGCGGGACCCCGAGAGAGACUGAGCAGAACCUGGACCCAGCCCCGCACCCCUGCACUUCCAAUCAGGGGCGCCCCGGGAGCACUCCCCGUGGGCGCGCCGCCCGCCCUCCGCGCAGCCAUGAGCGAGACAGUCAUCUGUUCCAGCCGGGCUACUGUGAUGCUUUAUGAUGACAGCAACAAGCGAUGGCUCCCUGCUGGCCCGGGUCCCCAGGCCUUCAGCCGCGUCCAGAUCUACCACAACCCCACUGCUAACUCCUUCCGAGUUGUUGGCCGCAAGAUGCAGCCAGACCAGCAGGUGGUUAUCAACUGUGCCAUCAUUCGGGGUGUCAAGUACAAUCAGGCCACGCCCAUCUUCCAUCAGUGGCGAGAUGCCCGCCAGGUCUGGGGCCUCAACUUCGGCAGCAAGGAGGACGCGGCACAGUUUGCAGUCGGCAUGGCCAGCGCCCUAGAGGCCUUGGAAGGAGGCGGGCCUCCUGCAGCCCCAGCACCCCCAGCACCCCCUGCCUGGUCUGCCCAGAGUGUCCCCUCCCCAGAGGAGCUGGAACCACAGAAAAGGCAGCCCGAGCAUAUGGAGCGGGAGCGCCGGGUGUCCAACGCUGGGGGCCCACCUGCUCCCCCCACUGGGGGCCCUCCUCCCCCUCCAGGCCCUCCCCCUCCUCCAGGGCCCCCUCCACCCUCAGGUCUGCCCCCAUCAGGGGUAUCUGGGGCAGGUCAUGGAGCAAGGGCAGCCCCACCCCCUGCACCCCCACUCCCGGCAGCUCAGGGCCCCAGUAGUGGGGGUUCCGGGACCUCAGGCCUGGCUGCUGCCAUUGCUGGAGCCAAACUCAGGAAAGUGAGCAAGCAGGAGGAGGCCUCUGGGGGGCCCCUGGCCCCCAAAGCUGAGAACAGUCGAAGCACUGGUGGGGGGCUUAUGGAAGAGAUGAACGCCAUGCUGGCCCGGAGAAGGAAAGCCACACAGGUUGGGGAGAAGCCCCCCAAAGACGAGUCAGCCAGUCAGGAGGAGCAAGAGGCCCGACUCCCUGCCCAAAGUGAGCCUGGACGAAGACCCUGGGAGAAGAGCACAACCUUGCCAAGGAUGAAGUCGUCCUCUUCUGUGACUACCUCCGAGGCACACCCCUCGAUGCCCAGCUCCAGUGACGACUCCGACUUGGAGAGGGUGAAGCAGGAGCUUCUGGAAGAGGUGCGGAAGGAGCUACAGAAAAUGAAAGAGGAAAUCAUUGAAGUCUUUGUCCAGGAGCUGAGGAAGCGGGGUUCUCCUUGACUGCAGGGACCCAGAAGACCCGUUUCGCCUUUCUGUACUUCCUGCCUGGCACCUGCUUUCCCUGCCUCGACUUGACCAAGAGUUACACAAGAAUGUUUUCUCCCCCACCAGCCCCCACUUGGAAGAUUCCAUGGGGGUGUGGCUUCCUGGUGCCAUGGUCACACCCACGCUGGCUGCUGAUUGGAUGAGGAGGUCCCACUCCUUUGUUCCCGUUGGUCCUUCCCCUUGGGGCUGGUUCCUCUGCUGGGGAUGUACCCAGUAACCCCACAGUAAGGGACAAGGGACAAGGGACUGAGGAGGGGAUCUCACUGUCUCUUGUUCUGGAUUCACUUUAACGCUUUAAUGCCUUGGAAAUUUUUUUUUAAAGAAAAAGUAUAUAUAUAUAUAUAUAUAUAUAUAUUUGGGUUUUGGGGGAGAAGGGAAAUUUUUUUCUCUUUGGUUUUGAUAAAAUGGGGUGUGGGGAUUUUUGAAUGCUUUUUUUGAAUACCCCAGGCUCGUCCCAUCGGAGGCAGCUAUGUAAGAGGGGAGAUAUCCCGCCAGGUGGGAGGUACUUCCCCUACCCCUGGGACACCUCCCCCUUCGCCUUGGCUCCUCCCUCUUUCUGAGGAUUUUUGGACCCUCAGUUUUGUGGUUUUUAUUUGGGUUAGGAUUUCAGGGUCCAGACCAUUUUUGCCCUCCGGGAAGAUGAAGUGAGGAGAAGAGGAAAAUGGGUCCUCCAACGUCUACACCGCGGCUUCUCGGACAUGGGCCCUCGCUGAAUAAAUCUGCAGUUUUCAUAAA